GCCGCCGGCGUCUGGAGCCGGGCCUGGGGCCGCGGGACGCGCUGCGGCCUCCGCUGCUCCCCGCCGCUUCUCUGGCCUCGCCGCGCCUCAGCCGGCCCCGCUGCUCGCUUGGUCAUCCGGCUCCCUUCCCUCAGGCCCAUCGCUACCCUCCGAGCCCAGCCCGGGCCCCCCUCCCCCGCCUCGGCUGAACCCGCUGCUCCCCUCAGCCCCGCCGCGGCCCGGGGCUCCCUUGGCUGAGCCAUGUCGCUGCACGGGAAGCGGAAGGAGAUCUACAAGUAUGAAGCGCCUUGGACCGUGUACGCCAUGAACUGGAGCGUCCGGCCGGACAAACGGUUCCGCCUGGCGCUGGGAAGCUUCGUGGAAGAGUAUAACAACAAGGUACAGCUUGUUGGUUUGGAUGAAGAGAGCUCAGAAUUCAUUUGCAGGAACACAUUUGAUCACCCUUACCCUACCACAAAGCUUAUGUGGAUCCCAGACACCAAGGGAGUGUAUCCAGACCUGCUGGCAACCAGUGGUGACUAUCUACGAGUGUGGAGAGUGGGUGAAACAGAGACUCGACUGGAGUGUUUGCUGAACAACAACAAGAACUCUGAUUUCUGUGCUCCCCUAACAUCAUUUGACUGGAAUGAAGUGGAUCCUUACCUUCUAGGUACCUCAAGUAUUGACACAACCUGCACUAUUUGGGGUCUGGAGACAGGACAGGUUCUGGGAAGAGUAAAUCUUGUCUCUGGCCAUGUGAAGACUCAGCUUAUUGCUCAUGACAAAGAGGUUUAUGACAUAGCAUUUAGCCGUGCAGGUGGUGGGAGAGAUAUGUUUGCUUCAGUCGGUGCAGAUGGCUCAGUGAGGAUGUUUGAUCUGCGUCAUCUGGAACACAGCACCAUCAUUUAUGAGGAUCCACAGCACCAUCCGCUGCUGCGUCUCUGCUGGAAUAAGCAGGAUCCCAACUAUCUUGCUACAAUGGCCAUGGAUGGGAUGGAGGUUGUGAUUCUAGAUGUCAGAGUUCCCUGCACUCCGGUUGCCAGGUUAAACAACCACAGAGCAUGUGUGAAUGGAAUUGCUUGGGCACCUCAUUCUUCCUGCCACAUUUGUACAGCAGCGGAUGACCAUCAGGCUCUCAUCUGGGAUAUCCAGCAAAUGCCUCGUGCCAUUGAGGACCCUAUCUUGGCCUAUACAGCAGAAGGAGAAAUCAACAAUGUACAGUGGGCAUCAACUCAGCCAGACUGGAUAGCUAUCUGCUACAACAACUGCCUGGAGAUUCUGAGAGUGUAACAUGACUGCUUCAUGCCACACUGAGGCAGGGCUGUAUCAUUUCCCCUCCUCUCUAAAGUUAAAAACAACACAAGUCAAGUGGCCAGUAUCUUCUUGUUGCUUUGCAUCUACUGUUACAAGAAACUGUUACAAGAAUCAAUGGCAGGUGUCUCCUGUCUCUCCAAGACUCUUAAAAUGCAGAGACAUGCUGAGCCUCUUGGACCUUCUGGGUUCUGGUUUUCUUUUUUUAUUAUGAUGGGGUUUUGUUUUUUCCUUCAGUUAAAAGUUCUGUAUAUUUGUUUGUUGAUUGUAUUAAUAAGCUUUGCAGGCUUUUAAGUUGCUGCAUAUGUCCAUGUGUUUUGUCAGCCCGCUGAGGCAGCACAUCAACAAGUUUUAACAGAUAAAGGUGCGAAACAAGGUGGGGGAGAAAAAGACAUUGAUAUUUACCAACCACCUUGGCAGGAAUCUUUUAUCAUUCCUGUUGUUGCUGCCUCUCAACUGUUUAAACAUUUGUAUGGUUUUUAUAUAUUGGGCUAACUUUCUAUUGAGUAAGGUUUUCUUUUUCUCCCUGAUUCUUACUUUUGAUAUAUGAUCUACUUCCAUAUGCCCAAAGCAGGAUCUAUUCCUUGUUCCAAGUCACAGUAACGCUGCAGGCUCCCUGGCAGUAAAGGCCUGCCACAAUUAACUGUUGCCUUUGCUUUUUAGAUCAGAUUUAGCUGGGCAGAAUUUUCUGGUGCUGUGAAGUACAAGUACUUGUUGCUCAAUUUCUUUUACCUUUCUUUUCUCAUGCUAGAGGCAGUUUGUUACUAUGGUAGGCCUUAUUUUUAAAUGAUGACUGAAUCAGCGUGCAUAUCCUGCCGUUGUGAUAGCUAAAAGAAAGGUAAUAGGUUUCAGAGUGAUGAUACAUUUAUGACUUAAGCUCCCAGGAGGUAAACAACUCCUGAAAGAAAUGUGAUUUGGAAUGGACUUGGGAUUGACACUUGCAAUCAAAUCAUUUUCCCCUCGGAAGACUUAACUAUCUAAACCAAAAUCAAAUGAUUUCACACUUUGUAGCUUGCUUGAUUGGCAAAUAAUACGAGCCAGGGGGUUUUGUGGUUAGCCUGCACCUUGGAGCUUCUUUGCAUUUGACCUGUGUUCCUGGGAGUUCUUGAAAGGAGUGCAAAGCAAUCUUUGCUUUAUUCCCAAAAUGUAUUUGCUUUGUGCUGUCAGGUCUUGUAGAAUGAGCCAGAUGAGUUGGAAAAGCUGGUAUGCCAUCCAAAUGAAAGCUAUUUCUCUGAAGGAGAUGAUUCCCUAAUGUAAAUGCACCAGGAUGGGUUUAAAAGGAAAGAAACCAGUGCUGUAGAGGCUAAAGCUUGGCACUUAUCAUCCUCCUACCUUUUUGGGGAUGUGCCUAAGGGCUACUGUUUCUCUUCUGAAUAGUGGCUCUGCUCUCCAGUAAUAGUCUUCAAUCAAAGCUUGAGUGGAUUAGGCAAGAGAAAGAUAACACAGCUACUCGGAUGAACGCUCGGCAGUGCUCUCUUGAUGAAGACAUGACAACCAUAGCUGGGCUGUUAAGGGUACACCAGCUGAGUUUUGAUGUACUUGUCAGAAGCUAUCAAAAUUGUCUUUCUUGCCUAAUGAGUAUUCACCUGCAACUGGAGGCAGCAGCAUAAAUAGUUGGACGCUGGCAAACGUGAAUCUUGUCAGUUGAUACAGGAAAGGCAAGUUGGGGAAAAGCAAUUGCUGUGAAACAGUGAAGCUGACAUUGAAGGUGCUGUCAAGUACAGAGCAGAGCCUGAGAAGUUCUGUCAUUCUGGACAUACAGAAAUAGUCUUUCACAGGCUGCUUCUCAACAUGGAGCUCAGAAAAGCACUGCCUUGUGUAUUUGAUAGGGAUUCGUUAGAGACAGCUUUAUUCCAUCACCCCUUUUUCUAUCAGAGAAGCCAAAGGCUCUUAAUGCAGCUCAAGCUCAUGUUUUGUCAAUGCCAUUCGGUGUUCAGUUGUUGGGUUCUUUGACAAAAGGCUUGAUUUGAUUUAAAGGUCAAUAUUUUCUCAUUAGCAGCAGUGCUGAGUAGUGAGUGUUCUGCAGAGAGAUUUGAUCUAGAUGUCAAAACAGCGUUAGCCAAGCAAUUAGAUUACAACUGGAAAACACUGAGGCAGAAUUCAGUGCAAACCAAGGGCUUUCUUAGCAGAAGCAGCAUACAAUGGCAUCCACAGCUUUAGCUAUGACAGUAAGCUGUGUGCUUGUUUACUUACAAACAGUAUAGUGUGUCACUAAGAGAGAACUACCUGUAAUGUUAGGUCUUUCUAUAGUUCCCUUUAUGAUCCAAAGUCUGUCUUUGUAUAGAUGGUAUAAGAGGAAUGCAUCUGUUGCUCAGCUCAAAAAUGCAUCUUUUUGCAACUGUAGAAUUGUGCUUUUAGAAGGGAUUUAAUUGAGAGUCAGGUUACUGGAAGACAAAUGCUGUUUGUUCCUAGAAGAAUACAAUCUGUUCCACCGAGAUGAUGAGAAGAGAGCGUGUAUAAAGGGACUAGUAAUCUGAAUAGCCAAGUAGCUUUUGCUACUGUUGGAAAACAGGUUAUGAACCUGAAGAGAGUCCAGUGUCAGUCCUUCCCUCCAUAAAACUCCUUGUGGAAUUGAGUGCUCAUUCCAAACUUAUCAAAGGAAGGAAUCUCGUAGGCUCCAGUAGAUUCUAAACAAAGCCUAUAUCCUGUUUUAGCCAGUUGGGUAUCCUCUGGAUCUACAGUAUAUUGCUUUGGGCAUAAUCCAUUGUCAUUCUUCAUAUGUAAUUGCAUUUGAAGUCACUAGAGGCUGGUUUGGACCAGGGAAAUGCUCCUUAAAAUAGCCUCUUUUCAAAGAAGUCACUCGAAAGGUUAAUGACUGAAAAGACAUGAAAAUCCUCAUGGGUGAGAUGUUCUGUAGUGCAAAUGGCACUUCCAUCUAGAGAAGGAAGUGAGAGACUUUGCCCUUUUUGCCGGCAGCUCCUGACACAGUGGCAGGGAGCAAACUGUCUGCUUGCUGCUUCAGAUUUGUUUGCAAGAUCAAAUAAAAGCCCGAGACUUGUCAGUGUAGCCUGUGAAUCAGAAGGUAACCAUUUGAUAUCAUUUCACCCACUUUAACAUUCAAUUCUGUGGGUGUAAAAGAAACCCCAUAAGCAUUAUUUUUUUUUUCCCCUAAAGCUUAUGAAAAGAAAUACUUUGAUUUCAAAGGUUAACAAAGCAGAAAAUCACCUGCUGUUGUGGAUAUGGGGAAAGAUUGAUCCUGAGAUAGAAAUCGCUGGCUGAAAUAGUUCUGUGUCACUUCUCCAGUCCAUUUCUUCAAGAUACUAAGCUGUUGUUUGGUUAUUAUGUUGUUUAAAUGAAGCUUUCCACAGAUUCCCACUCUUUUGUGGACAACCUGUUGCUAAUGUAUUGGCUCUCAACCAGGAGAUCUUGAUCGUGUAAAACUCAUUAGUGAGGUGAAAACCUUCAGAAGAAGGAGUUGGCUCUCCAAUUAGUCUGUAGUAUGCCAGCUCUGUUAAUUGUCUAAAUGAAAUGAGCUAUAGUAGUUUGCAUCUAGGGGAGUUGUACUUCUGUGUGUGCAGGGAUUUCAAAAGGCAAGGAUUUGAGUGCUUUGACAAUCUAUUUAGAAAGAAAACACAGUGGUUUCAAAGACUGAUAUGAAAGGAGACUGAUAAUACAGGUUGUUCCUUAUGGAACCUUGAAAUGUACUUGGGGGGGGGGAAAGUAUUGCCUGUCAUAAGUCAAAGUUAAUGAUCCUUUCAAAACUUAGCUGUAAUUACUCUCCUGAAUGUUCUGGAUAAUAGUAAAAAGAUCUAUUUUUGCCUGGUGUUGCAAUGAGAAAGCUGCAUCAGGCUCCACUGUAGAUCACUGCCUGCCAGGGACUAGGUGAGAGAAGGAGUCCAAAUACUGGAAUUCACAGAUGCUCUUGUGGUUGUUUUUAAAUGUAAAUGAAGAAAGCUGAGUGUGGUCUGAUUUUGUUCUCUUGCAGAUGGCACUUUAACAAGUAUAUUUUUGGUAAGAUUAGGAGAGUCAUCUUUUCCUCAGCCCUUUUAUGGUAGGCAUUUGUCUGUGUUUUUGUAUGAAAUGUUAAAUACAACAGUCACCAAAAACCUAAACUGACUGUGGUUGACAGUAUGAAGGGAACCUUCAUCUGUUUCUCCUGAACACCACAAAUGUGUGAGCACUUGACAAUACUGUUAACCUGGAGCUCUGCAUUCUGAGACUGACACAAUCUUUCAGGCCAACCAAAGUUACAUGUCACCAAGAGAGUCCCUUUUGCUUAGGAACUUGACUGUGUUUGGGAAUCCUCUUUUCUACUGUCUGAAUACAAUGACAGUAAUGGCAAGGUGGUUGUGUAAAGGUGUAGCUGGGUUCUUUUGGAUAACUUCUUGUUGUGAUAGAAACAAAAGUGCAGCUGCUGUCCCUAAAUUCACACAACUCUUGAACAGUUCCUGAUUUUAGUGGCAUUUGAACUUUCAGGACACACUGAAAAGGAUGAAGCACAGCGAGGGUAAGCUCUUGCCUCAAUAGAUUGCACAGUUACAGUUCCAGCAAAGUACUGAAGGGUUUAGUCUAACCUGCUGCUAGGUAGCAAAAUGGUCCUAUCAACCUCAGAUCCACCUUGUCAGUUAACACAAGUUCUCUCUCACACAGAUUUCCUGCUUGCUUCUGCCAGACUUCUGGAGCAGGCCUGUAUUUAUUGUAGUGGUUCAUCAAAAAGAAGUGUCCAAAAUCAGUUCUGGAAUGAGCAAGGUACAGUCAACUACAUCCUUGUUUCUCUUAAUCCUUGCAGAGAAUCUGGGGAAUUAAUUGCAUGUGACACUUAAAGAGCACUUUUCUAAUUAAAGAUGUAGCUGUAUUUCCCCCUGUUUACCUGAGAAGGGUCAGAAGUGUCUCAUUCUCAAGGAUAUUGAGAGGAGUUUAACAUGCCUCUGACUCUUUUAAGGAAGACAUCUCCAGAACUUCUGAUCAGCACCUUUCACCAGCACUAAGAAACAGUAAUUACAAAGGCAACUAAACACCAGUCACUGAAUGCUCAUCUAGUGAUUCAGGGCAGACUCCAGAGGCAAAGACACUUGGGAGACUUGCUUGCUGCUGCCUGAUUUCAGAUGAUAACUUUUUGCCUGCCAAGUAUCUCAGUGGCCUUUUGUGCAGCCUCUGACGCUCAGCAUCAAGCUACAAUUUCCAGAUAACUCUUGACAAUUACUUGUGGCUUCCACCAAAUUCGUUUCUUUUCAGAAAAAUCUAACAAAAAUGAAGAAAAUAAGCUUAUUUCCUGACAAAAUACUGUGGCCAUGAGUAACUCAAAGCCCUUGCUCCAGCUCUCAGCCCUUGGAGUUUGCUUUCCUGCAGCUCCUCUGCCCAGACGAGGAUGGAUCUGUGGAGUCUGAACAAAGGCAGAAAUGCAAGAGCCAGUGAAUGACAAAGAGUCCUAGUACAGCUGAUGUGUUGCUUGUUUUCUUUACAAACCUGGUAAAUAUGAAAUCUAUUUAAAAGGAACGUUUUUUUUGGUUUAAAACUUGGGUUGCUAGAAGUGGUAAAAUGUGACUUAAAUCUCUCUUCUGCGCCGAAGCAUUUUUGUUACCCGAUAGCCAAGUAGAUGUUUACUUUUUAAUGUGUGUUUUUCCCCCCCUUUCUGCUCUUCCCCCCAAACUCACUUUGUGGUUAUUUCCUGAAGGUGUAAUCUUUGUAGCAUGAUUGUACAGACCAUCCAUAUGAGAUUCCUGACUUCUUGUUCUCACUAAAAUAUGUUAAAGCAAUAGUAGUUUGACUUCUGUCCUGAGAUUUGCAACUUCGCUGCUGUACUGUCCUAGAGGAAUCCCUCCUAUCCUGCUAUCCAACAGACUUAUGUUGUUGACAUGGAUAACUGCAGUGUCCCUAUAUCCCUUUAUUUUUUAUGGAGAAAAAAAAAAUACAGAAGGUUUUUGUUACAAUGGGUUUGAACACCUUGAGUCCUGGAACCAUAUUGUUGAAACCUGUAAAUUUCAAGGCAAGUUUUUCUGAAAUGGCUUUCAAGUGGAAUUGUUGCAUCUUUUUUCCUGCUAUUUCCUGCUUCCCUGUGUAGUUUAAUUCCAGUUUUUUAACCUUCUUUCUAAGUUUCAGCCUCCUGUGUAUUAGGUACAGUAUUUUCUGCCUUUCAUACUUUGUAAUAAAAAUGGAACAUUUGUAGAUUGA